CCGACAACCAACGGUUUGGAACUUCCCGGGAUCCCCGCUGAAACGGCUGCCCCGUUAAUGACAUUCAUUCAUCUGAUGCGAGCCAUCGAGGACGAACGCUGACGUAACAGAUGUUACAAUGCAACAAGGAUACAUUUUAUCUACGAGCUGCUGGAUACUACAGGCACCAGGGGGAAGGAAAACAAUGAAGCACUUCAGGAACAUGCUCGACCUCUGCGCUAAAUCAGCACGAUAACCAACUCAAUGCAACAUCAGCGGAUGAUGGACUUUUGGAUUUAAUUUCAUGUCCAGCGGAACUGGCUAUCUUCGGCUUGUGGAAGAUCUUCAUAUUACAUUUUGUUGCAGUGGAGUUCCUGCUCCGGCUCUCCCUCCUAUCCAACGUUGUUGUCAAUGAUCUAACAUGGCGACUGUACCAGUAUAUUGCAUCUGCAGAUUACCGUACGACGUUACCCAGUUUAUGAUCGAAUGUGAUGCAUGCAAGGACUGGUUUCACGGAAGCUGUGUUGGUGUGGAUGAGGAUGAGGCUCCAGAUAUUGACAUCUACCACUGUCCCAACUGUGAGAAGACCGAUGGAAAAUCCACCAUGAAAAACAAGAAAAGGACUAAACAUGACAUGGGGCAGAGAGACGUCAGAGCUGUUCAGAACGGCAGUCAGGUCUUCAUUAAGGAGCUACGCAGUCGCACCUUCCCCAGCUCUGAGGACAUUGUGGUGAAGCUGAACGGCAGUCAGCUGACUAUGGACUACGUGGAGGAGUUUGGUUUUAACGAGCCGAUCCUGGUCCUGAAGAAGGACGGUCUGGGGAUGUCCAUGCCUGCUCCUACCUUCUACAUCAGUGAUGUGGAGAACCACGUUGGUCCAGACGUGGGUGUGGAUGUCAUGGAUGUGACCAAGCAGACUGACAGUAAGAUGAAGCUCAAGGAGUUUGUAGAUUACUACUACAGCACCAACAGGAAGAAAGUAUUAAACGUUAUCAACCUCGAGUUCUCUGACACAAGGAUGGACAGUAUAGUUGAGAGCCCUCAGAUUGUGCGGAGGUUGUCGUGGGUAGAGAACUACUGGCCAGACGACGCUCUCCUGGGGAAACCUAAAGUCACCAAGUACUGUCUGAUCUGUGUUAAAGACAGCUAUACUGACUUCCACAUCGAGUGUGGAGGGGCCUCCGUCUGGUACCACGUACUCAAGGGAGAGAAGAUCUUCUUCCUGAUCAAGCCCACGUCAGCUAACUUAUCGCUGUACGAGCGCUGGAGGUCCUCAGCCAAUCACACAGAGAUGUUCUUCGCUGACCAGGUGGACAAGUGUUACAAGUGCACUCUGAAUCAGGGACAGACCCUAUUCAUACCGUCAGGUUGGAUCAAUGCAGUUCUGACUCCAGUGGACACGCUGGCCUUCUCUGGACACUUUGUCCACAACCUGAGUGUUGAGAUGCAGAUGAGAGCAUACGAGGUGGAGAAGCGUCUGAAGGUGAACUGUCUGACUCCGUUCCCCAACUUUGAGACGGCCUGCUGGUACGUGGGACGCCACCUGUUGGAGCGGUUCAAAGGUUUACACAAGUCCAACAGGCAGCCAGCUCCCUAUCUGGUCCACGGAGCUAAGAUCAUCAACGGAGCUUUUAGAGCUUGGACCAAGAAACAGGCCCUGUUAGAGCACGAGGAUGAGCUCCCAGAGAACAUGAAGCCCACUCAGCUCAUCAAGGACCUGGCCAAGGAGAUCCGGAUCUCAGAGAAUGCGGCUAAAGCCAUUAAGAGUGAUUCGAUCAGCAAGCCUCCAGUGGAGGAACUCCCUCCUGCCCCGUCAGAGCCUGAGGAUCCUGCUUCCCCCUCCAGCGUCCCCUCUCCCUCCCCUCCCCUCUGGGAAAAACCAGCCAGGAAGAAGGCCUCCAUGCCACCCAAACCUCCCAAGAUGCCCAAACCUCCCAAGAUGCCCAAACCUCCCAAGCCACCCAAACCUCCCAAGAUGCCCAAACCUCCCAAGAUGCCCAAACCUGUGAAGGAGGGAGGGAAAAAUAAAGGAAAGAAAGAGAAGGAGGUCCCUCCUUCCCCUCCUCCCCCCCCUCCCCCUCCUCCGUCAAAGCCCUCCAGCCUGGCAGCUCUGGAGUCUCACGCCAAGGACAUCCUCCGCAAGAUGGACCAGCCCAAGAAGGGCAAGAUGGGGGGAAAGGCGGCUAACAACAUCCUGAGCAUGUCGGAGAAGGAGACCUGUAAGCGGAACGAUUUGGAGAAGAUUGAGAUCCGAGAACAGAACAAGAAACAGACGGAAGCCAAGUGGAAAUAUAAGAACAGUAAACCAGAUUCCUUAUUGAAGAUGGAAACUGAAGUGCACAAGUUUGAGAGAACGCUGCUGUCGGGCAACAAAGACAAGUUUGCCUUUUCAAUGACACACAAGAAGUUACUAGGUUCUAAGCUGAAGCCCCAGACCAACUCCAGUGUGUUCGGCUCGUUACUAAACCUAAAAGAGGACAAGGCCAAGCUGGUGAGAGACGAGUAUGACUACGUGUCGGAUGAAGGAGAGCUGAAGAUCGAUGAGUUCCCCAUCAGGAGGAAAAAGAGAGACUUAUCCUUCCUGUCAAACAUCAAAGAACCAAUCCAGCCAUCCAAGAAGCCAAAGCUCAUCCCCUCUGAUGUCAAGAAGACUGACUCGUCAGAUGAGGAGUCGCUCCACAUCGACACAGAAGUCAAGCCAGAGGUCAAGCGGGAGGUGAAAGGUCGUAAGUUGAAGGUUAAGAAGAAGGCUGGCAGCACGGCGGGCAUCCUGGACCUGCUACAGGCCAGCAAGGCAGUGGGAGGCAUCGACUACAGCGUCAACAGUCAGCCACCUGCAUCUCCCAGCACACAGGAGGCCAUUCAGGGGAUGUUGUCUAUGGCCAACCUGUCCUCCGGGGCUUCCGCCGGGGCCGCUGCCAUCUCUUCCGACACCCCUGGGGCCUGGGGCAACACCACCACGGCUGGACGGAAGGGAGGAGCAGGAGGAGGGAACAGAAAGCGGCCGAUGAAGAACAGCAACGCUGAGUUCGAUGAUGAUGAUGAUGAUGAUCACAUGGACGCCUGCUUCAAAGACUCAGACUAUGUUUACCCAUCUCUAGAGUCUGAAGAAGAUAACCCUGUCUUCAAAUCCAGAUCCAAGAAGAGGAAAGGCUCAGACACUCCAUACAGCCCCACAGCACGUGUCGGUCCCUCUGUGCUUCGUCAGGCGAGGCCGGCCAGAGAAGGAGCGCGAGUGGCGUCAAUAGAGACAGGACUGGCGGCUGCCGCAGCCAAACUCUCUCACCAGGAGGAACAGCAGAAGACCAAGAAGAAGAAGAAAAGCAGCAAAAAGCAGAAGCGUCCUGCUGCCAUGGGGGAGGAGGAAGAGGAGGAGCCAGUGAGGAAGCUGAGCAGGGACAGCAACUCUCCAGAACCAGACGUGGGCCAGGACUCUGAGCCGGGCCAGACCAACCACGAAUACUCCUCUGGGGCAGGAGGGAGGCAGGCUGGCGGGCCCCAGCCCAUGGCCCCCGGUGUCUUCCUCACACAGAGACGACCCUCCACAUCUUCAUCAUCUCAGAACAACAACACGGCCAAGGGGGAGCGAGGAGGAGGAGGAGGAGCCCCAGCGAAGCGGCUAAAGAAAGGAAUGGCGACGGCCAAACAGAGACUGGGAAAGAUCCUGAAGAUCCAGCGCAACGGGAAGCUCCUCCUUUAACAGGAAGUGACUCUCUGAGGACGACUGCUAUUGGUUCCUGAUGCAGUACUAUUGGCCAAUGAACUGGCCCCUUCUUCACCUCCUCUCUUCUGAUAGGUCCAGGGCCAACAGAGACAGACUGCUUUAUAACUUUCAGAUAUUAAAGUGUACAGAAUACCUUCUAGAAAUAUUUUUAAAGAAAAAUGUGUCUCAUUUUACUACAGUCAGUUUAUCAAGGGGUCACAACGUUAGAGAUACACUAGGCCUGCGGUCCAAAUGGCAGCCUAUUCUCUUUAUAGUGCACUGGUCACCCAUAGGGCUCUGGUCAAAAGUAGUGUCCUAUAUAGGGAAUAGGGUGUCAUUCUCUGGUCUAAAGUAGUGCACUAUAUAGGGAAUAGGGUGUCAUUUGGGAACACAGCCUAGAAAUACAUUGCAGUCAUUACAU